AACUUUCAAGUCUCAGAUACGAUCGAGCUUUCGACUUGAUCGGUCUAGCGCGCGGCAAAAUUCUUGUUCAAAAUUUAUAUUUUUAUAUUCCAAUAACGUUGUCGGUAUAUAAAAGAUAAAUAAAACUUAUUUUUAACUUGGGAGAAGUGACUUUUGUUUUCAAUAAACGAUUGAUAAUGGCAACCUUGGCCUAUUUGCUUACAACUGUCAGCUUUAUCAAUAUUGCAGUUGCAUCAGUGGAUGUACAACUUUGGCUGUCAAUAAGUGCACAACAGCGACAGUUAGAAGUGUCAUGGGCGAAUGCCAGAUCUCAUCCCGGUGAUAUGGUCUUGAUAACUAAUCAAGAACCGUUAUCAUUCGAAAAAGUGAAACUGCAAAUGACAACUGAGACACUUGGUGACACUUUAGAGGGAAGCGGUAGUGAUGCAGAAGAUAUCGGUGUAGUUCCAGUAGCUGAGGCUACACCAAAAUCAUUAUUAGACGUGCUACCCUUAGAUACGAGCAACAGUGCUGAGUCAUCGUCGCAAUUCUAUUGGAUUAGCAAUGGUGGGAUGGCAGACGUAGUGGCGUUGGUGCGGCCACUUCAAUCAAAACAAUGGUACACAACUCCGGUGCGCUUUGAUUAUGGUCUCUCACAAAAUGUGACAGCUUAUACAAAAUGCUAUGGCUAUUGGGCAAGUUACGUCGAUGAAAAUGGAACUAUUAUAGCGAGUAAUUGUAUGCGGGCUUAUCCAAAGUGGAUGAAUGAAAUGCGAUCGGUUGUGAGCGCGCUGAGAGUUCGUGAUUUAUUUAUACCAGGAACACACGAUUCGGGUUCGUAUCGACCAAAUUUUUCCCCAUCAAAAAGAGAAACUAUCGUUACGAAAUAUGCAUUGACUCAAGACGAUGAUAUUCGUGGUCAGUUGAUGCAUGGUGUACGGUAUUUGGAUAUUCGAGUGGGUUAUUAUAAAAAUACGCAGGAUUUGUUUUAUGUCAAUCAUGGUAUAACCAGGCAGAGACCUCUGUCGGAGGUAGUUGAUCAGGUUAUGGAUUUUGUUUUGGAGACAAAUGAGAUUGUGAUAUUUGGAGUUAAGGAAUUUCCAGUGGGUUUUGGAAAAGGUCUCGGUGUGCAUCGUCUACUAGUUUCAUAUUUAAAAAAUCGAUUUGGACAACUGUUAGUAUCACCGGACGUGUCAUGGCAAGUCUUUCUUGGUGACGUUUGGAAGAUGAAUCAAAAUAUAUUUCUUGCAUACGAUCAUGGACCAACACAAUGGGAGUUUCCAGGCAUUUUAUUUGGUCCAGUUGAACAACGAUGGGGAGAUGUUCGCAACUGGGCACGUCUUGAGAAAUAUUUAAUUGGAAUCAAUGAAUAUGAUAGAAUGCGACUUUCAAGCCGUCCAGUUGCUGAUAUGGCAGAAUUGACGCCUGAUACAUGGGGUGUUAUAACUGACAAAUAUGGUGGAUUACGAAAAAUGGCCGAUGAGGUUAAUUGGAGAAUAACUGAUUUAUAUCGAGAACGUUUGGGUGAACAUGCAAAUAUUGUUGCAGCUGAUUUUAUUCGAGGAACGUGUUUAAUUGACAUAGCAAUUGAAUUAAAUAGUAAAAAAGUGAUAAGAUAAUGAAGGAAAAAGUGUAAAAUAAAAACGACUGCAUAAAAAUCCU